CAAAAGGUCAAAACCAACAUCAAAUCAUGGCACUUCAAACACACCCCACGGACGUUAAUCCCCAAUUCAACUUCAAAACCCUAACAAAGCUUCCAUUCACUUCUCAUCAAAUCUCACAAAAUUCCUUCACAAAAUCUACAAUUUCGAACGAUUUACGCAAAUUCAGGCUCCCCUACAUAAUAUCCCCUCGAAUCCCCAAUUGUGAUCCAUAAAAGAGAUACAAUACGUAAUGGAUUACAAUCAAUCCGUUCGAAAUAGACGUCCUGCACGUAACAACAAUAAUUAUCAUAAUAGCAACACGUACAACGAGUAUGAAAACGAUGAAUAUGAAGAAGAAAACGAAGGUAUGAAUAUGAACCCAAGGUACGGUUAUCAAGAACCUGACGAUGAAGAAGACGAAGAAGAUGAUGAUAAUAACAAUGAGUAUCAACAUGGAUAUUAUAGGGUUUCCGGUACAGGAAUUGAUGUAGGCGAAUCAUCAAGACGUCACCAAAAGAAGCGUCGGUUAGAUAACAUAGUGUCGAGUUACGAAUACGCUAACGCCCCUCGUGUUUCGGAGAGAUCAUCGGGUGACGAGUGGAGCGAGAACGCGACGUACGUGUUGUUAGAGGUUUGGGGCGAUCGGUUUUUACAGUUGGGGCGAAAGAGUUUGCGCGGGGAUGAUUGGGUCGAGGUCGCGGAGAAGGUGUCGGAGAUGUGUAAGAUGGAGAUUGACGAGGCGCAGUGUCGGAAUCGGUUAGAAGCGUUGAAGAAGAAGUACAAGAAAGAAAAGGCGAAAAUGGAGGAUAUGGGGAUGCUUGGAAGAGAAGGGUAUAAUGGUAAAUGGGGAUUUUUUAAAAAGAUGGAUAUGUUGUUGGCACCGAAGAAGCAACAUAGUGGGUUACCGUGUGGGGUUGAUUCGGGGGAGUACGUGUUUAUGAAUACGAAGGCUUAUUUAAACAAUUCAAACGCGUUGGAUGAGAUGCGGGAUAGCCCGUGUGAAUCGGAGUCUGAUGACGAUGAUGAUCACGAUGACGGGAAGGAUGAGGAAGGGUUUCGGUUGUUGGCGGAAUCGGUUCAGAAUUUUGGGGAGAUUUACGAGAAGAUUGAGGGGAGAAAACGGCAACAGAUGUUGGAGUUGGAGAAGAUGAGGAUGGAUUUUCAGAGGGAACUGGAGCUUCAGAAAAAGCAGAUUCUUGAACGGGCGCAAGCGGAGAUUGCGAAGAUUCGAGAAGGAGAUGAUGAAGAUGGUAAUUCGGUUGAGAAUCUUAGUGGAUAAGAAGUAGUGGCUUAGCAUCAAGGAAUGAUGACCGAAGCGAUAGCGCUGCAGGACCAGAUAACAUUUGAAGUCUGUCUUUCUUCCUUCUUUCUCCCAGUUAACAUAUUUUCUUGUUUGUAAUUUGACUUGAUGCUUUUAUGUAUUUAAGUAAAGUUUAAUAAAGAUAUCUGCAUUUAUAAACAACCUUGAAAUUCAUUUA